AUGAAUGCGUCGGAGAAGCCCCAGCUGCCCGAGAGCCUCUUCGGCAACUCCACCUUCGGCCAUCGCAACCUGAGCGAGGCGGCGGGCAAGACCAAGCCGACGGCGUGUGAGCAGGUGAACAUUGCCACGGAGGUCUUCCUCACACUGGGCAUCAUAAGCCUGCUGGAGAACAUCCUGGUCAUCUGUGCCAUCGUGAAGAACAAGAACCUGCACUCGCCCAUGUACUUCUUUGUCUGCAGCCUGGCAGUGGCCGACAUGCUGGUGAGCGUCUCUAACGCCUGGGAGACCAUCGUCAUCUACCUGCUCAACAACCGGCAGCUGGUGGUGGAGGAGCACUUCAUCCGGCAGAUGGACAACGUCUUCGACUCCAUGAUCUGCAUCUCGGUGGUGGCCUCCAUGUGCAGCCUGCUGGCCAUCGCCGUGGACCGCUACGUCACCAUCUUCUAUGCCCUGCGCUACCACAACAUCAUGACCGUGCGGCGGGCGGCGCUGAUCAUCGGCGGCAUCUGGACCUUCUGCACGGGCUGCGGCAUCGUCUUCAUCAUAUACUCGGACACCACACCUGUCAUCGUCUGCCUGGUGUCCAUGUUCUUCGGCAUGCUGGUGCUGAUGGCCUCGCUCUACAGCCACAUGUUCAUGCUGGCGCGCUCCCACGUCAAGCGCAUAGCCGCGCUGCCCGGCUACAACUCCAUCCACCAGCGCACCAGCAUGAAGGGCGCCAUCACCCUCACCAUUCUUCUGGGCAUCUUCAUCGUCUGCUGGGCGCCCUUCUUCCUCCACCUCAUCCUCAUGAUCUCCUGCCCCAGGAACCUCUACUGCGUCUGCUUCAUGUCGCACUUCAACAUGUACCUCAUCCUCAUCAUGUGCAACUCGGUCAUCGACCCGCUCAUCUAUGCCUUCCGCAGUCAGGAGAUGCGCAAGACCUUCAAGGAGAUCAUCUGCUGCUACAGCCUGCGCAAUGUUUGCGGCCUUUCCAGCAAGUAUUAG